AAUGGAGCUGUUGUCCAAAAGCAGACAUGGCUCGUGGACAGCAGAAGAUUCAGUCUCAGCAGAAAAAUGCCAAAAAGCAUUCCGGACAAAAGAAGAAACAAGGACAUGACCAAAAGGCUGCUGCCAAAGCUGCCUUAAUAUAUACCUGCACUGUCUGUAGGACACAAAUGCCAGACCCUAAGACCUUCAAGCAGCACUUUGAGAGCAAGCAUCCUAAGACUCCACUUCCUCCAGAAUUGGCUGAUGUCCAGGCAUAAAGUUGUUUACAGGUGAAUUCAUGACACCUUUGACUCUUCUACUGUCUCAGACCUUAGGUAACAAACCUGCAGCUGCUUUUCUAACAAACUGUUGAUCAGCAAAAAUAAAGGGGCUACAGAAACACUCAUUUUUAUGCUGUUCCCUUUUGGGCUUCAUGCAAAGACAAUUCUGUGUAAAUGUACAGUUGACUCUAAUUUGGAACUCUGAAAAUCAGUCCAUCCUUGUUAUAAAAAAUUUUUUACAAUUGUAAUUAUAUUGAUGUUCAUAUUGUGUAAAAUAACUCAUUUAAUAAAGUAGUACUUUGAUUUUACAACAUCACAGGAUAAAUGGUUCUAGAAAUUCUGUUCUAACUUUCCACAUUAUUUGCCUUAUAAAAAUCUAAUGAAUUCAUCAACUAGAAUUGUAAGCGCAAUUCUUAUCUCUCUCUCAGCUCAGUGGCAGGUUCGUUAAAUUAGAGCAGACUCAUUCAUUAAAUUUGUGAACACAGUUUUAUUGGCAGCCGCUGAUCUAGAAGAAUGACUUACCUGCUGCCUUAGUAUAUUGCAGUCGUGUCAUUUUCCCCUCUGAUUGUUUCCUAUUUUGAGGUUGGAAUAUUUCAACUUGCUGUAUGACUUGGCUAUAGCUGCCAGCCAGGUAUACCCUGUAGAUACGUGAUAAAUUCCUAAAGUGGUUAGAUCGUUAGUAAGCCCUUCUGAAAAACUAGGUUUUGAAGUCUGUGUCCUAAUGAAAUAAUCAGUAAGCCUAAUCAUUUAUUACAAAAUAUGAUGGAACAUGUGUGAACUGGUAAAGAUUUAUCUUUUAUAAAUUAUGUUGGAUUCUUUGAAAAGGCUUCAAAUUCUUUCAUUUGAAAUUGAAACGCAUAAUUUUGGAGGAGUUUUUGGAAGUUAAUGAUUUGACCAAUUCUAGAAUGAAUUUUGCAUUAACAGUAAGAUUGGAAUAACUUGUGGCUGCGUUAAUUCCCAGAACCUUCUCCCUCCUUUCCUUUUUGAGUCAUUGAUUUUAGGAGUUUACUUUGUGCUGCUUCCUAAAAUCAAAGACUGUGUACAGUAUGACUUCCGUCUGAACUAGAAAGUAUUAAAAUAGGCCAGUAUCUAGAUUGAUUUGGUUCCAGGGAUGGGGAAAUGGGUUGGUUCAGAUGGAUGAGGUAAAUCCUACCCAGUUAAGGGAGACUAAUUUUAGGGUUCUUCUAAUUUGCUUUUGUCAGCUAUUAACUUUAUGAGUGAAACUGCUGUAACUCAGUUGAAAUUUUAAAGUUAAUAUAAUAGGAAGAACACUCAAAUAUUUCCUGGUAAUUGUUUAGAGCCACAAAUCUGAUCCUGUGGAUUAAAAAAUGCAUUCCCUCCUUGUGCUGCAACUCAUCGCUGCAUUUGUUUUGUAGCUGUGCAUAUUCUGCCCACCUUGUUUGUCUUCACUGUAAGUUUAAAAUAAGAUAUUUUUAAGGAAAAUCGUCAGUGGUGAUAGUUUCUUAGCAAUUCCUAUUCUUAUACUAUUACUUUAAUGAUUUUUUUCAUGUAUUUAAUUUCCUGAGUUUCAGAUUUAAUGUUACUUCCCUAUAUGUUGAUUACCAGAACAUUAGAGUUUGCCUAAUUGCUUGUGGUGGGUAUUAUAGAAGUUAUGGUUAAAUUACAAUUUAAAAGUUUUUUAAAGUGCUUUGAACAUAUGUAUCUUUAUGUUUAGCAACAAAUCACUUAAAAACCGCUUACAAGUUUUUGUUUAAUUUUUUUUCAUUUGUUUGACUGACUCUAAUUCAGAAUAAAAGCUUUUUGUUCUUGUAUUUAACUCUUUUUUAUAAGCAGCUGAAGACAUCAUAUUUAAGUAUAUUUCAGUGAUGGGAAUAGCUGCAUUCUCAUCCUCUAUGUGAGGAGUAUUAGUACAAUCCCCUCUUUAUUGUGUUUGAGCUAAAUCUGCUAUAAAGUAGAAAUUAAAAUUCUUAACUAUCCUUGUUAUUCAAUUUGAAGAUUCUUUAACAGAUCCCAACAAAGUUUAUUAUAAAACUGUUAUGGUGUCUUCAAAGACUUGAUAAAAUACACUGAGAGAAUUGGUCCAUUGUAUUCUGUAUUUCCAUUAGUUGCCAAAAGGAAUGGGGUUAAGAUUAAACUUGUUUCCAUUCUCCUUCGUAUGGAUCUAUAUCCCCUGUUUAACUGACACACUGGGGGCUCAGUUGUGUGCUGUAAUGUCUUAUUAAAGGAGAUAUUAAAGAAAA